UAUUGAUAAUCAGCAAAGUAAAAGUAAAAGAAGUUAUAAAAAGAGACAAAAAGUUGAUCUUUCAUUACCACAAACUAUUGCUGAACUCUUAAAAGAUGAUGGUAUUAAUUAUAAAAAUAAUAAUACCUAUUUUAAUAAUAGCAAUGAUAAAGAAAUUUUACAACAAGGCUCUUUAGAAACAGAACGAAACUCAAGAUUAAU